AUGAGGAUCGGAAGUCACACCAAUUUCAUAGUCAUUCACAUGGAGGCAACUUCCCUCUAUUCACUAAUCGCUGAUGGGCAGUAUCGUGCCAUUUCGCUUAGUCGUGAUAAAUGGAAGUCGUUGAUUGGUGCAGACGCAUCCCUGCAGCUUAACUGCAACAAAGAGGGCUUCAACUCACAGGGCUAUCCCAUGCACUCUAAAGCAAGGAUCUCAAGUAAAACAAUACAGAACACCAUGCAUUUUUAAUUGCACAUUUAAUGUUUACGGUAAAUGCCAAUAACACGAGCAAAUUAUGAUUUUUCCCAAAAUCCUUAGACCAGCCCUGUAAAAAGUAAUAAAAAUGAUGAUGAUAAUAGCGAUAAUAGUAAUGAUAGUAAUAAUUAUGAUGAUGAUACUUAUAACAUCAAUAAUGAUAAUACAUGUCAUUAUUAUGAUAAUAGUAAUGAUGAUAAUGACAGCAAAUAAAAAAAAGACGCCUAAAAGCAGCAGGCAAUACAUUUGAUUUUUACUUUUUUUGUUUGUUUUUGUUGUUGUUGUUGUUGCUGACGUUAUUAUCAUCGUUCACGUACAAUGCCUGACUGAGGUAAAGGGACAAAAUUCUGCUAUCAUCAGAUUUCUUAUCAUCAACAAAACAACCAUAUAGAAAAACCCAUCAAUUUAAGAAUUAUUGGGUCCUUCUCUUGUGAUUUGCCCGGUUUUUAAAAACUGUGUCCUCUUCGACCUGCCAUCAAACUCACGACGAGCACUAUGCGAGUCAAUAAACACGUUAUGUUCAGGAUUUGCAUAAUCUGCUUUGCCAGUCGCACCGUGAGACACGUUGCUCGCCGCCUGUUGUUUAGUGUGUCAUUUUAACGUAUGCGUGUUUCCACCUUAGUACACUGUUUUCCCAUUGGGGCUCACAUAUGGCAAAUGUUUCAUUAAGUUUAGCACUGAUUGCGUGGAUUUCCGAAAAAAAUCAAAGUGCUCUGUGAGCCAACUCGUGAAUUGGAUUAUGUUCAACGUUAUCUGGUUUAGGGAAUUUUGUGGUUGAUUGUCAUAUUUAGAGUACGGGAAGUAGUUCAGUGUUCGCUAAUGUAGCAAAGAAACAAAGUAACGUUGGGAUAAGAAGGCAUUACAAAUGAAAUGAUCACGCUAUUACAUUUGACAAGGGUGAAUGAUGUCAUGUGUUUUAAACAUAUAUCAUUUUUGUUUCUGGUUCAAAAGAAAAGGUUGGAAGUAAAUGUGGGUGAAAAGUGAAAUUUACUGUCUAUCAUUGUAAAUAUUGGAAAAUAAAGGCAAUACUGUCUUAACGAAAACAUUAAUGAUUCCCUCUUUAUCAAAUGAGACAAACGGUAACGAGUUUUGAGUGAUAUAACUAAGCCCAGAGUCCCACCGUCAUUUUUGGAUUUCCGCCUGGGUAGAUUUUGGUCACGUGCAAGACAACGUAUAAUCAAGAACAAUAUUGAAUUUCAUUUCAGGCCUAUUUAUCAAUUUUGUGGUGUAUAACUUUCGCAUUUUAGUACGUAAUAUUUAUUUUGAAUCUGCAAAUUGUCUUAAAAUUUAAAAGAAAAUUGUUCUUUAAAAAUUAACUGAAAAUCGGUAGCCAAAAUUAUUUGUUUAGGUGUUAUUUGAUUUUCGUGUUAACUUGCAAUUUCGUCAGUCGCCGGCACCUUUCGUCGCUUCACACAGGAAAAAACACACGAUACGAAAUGUAAUGAUCGAUUUUGUCCCCAAUCUCAGGCCAUGACAGAAAAAGCUUUUGAACACCUGUAAACUCCGAGCGCUUCGGAGUAAGUCAUAUGUUUAAUGAAUCUUCGGAUUGUUUUCGAGUUCAAGGACUGUAAAUUACAAUUUUAUGAAAAACGAAGGUUGUUCUCUUAUUCCAGUGUGAAUCCUCGCACGCCUGCCAGUCGCUGGCGCCGCUUGUUGAAACUAAAAUGAAAAAAAUUAACUCUUCUAAGAUUAUCAUUGGCUUCUUUUUCACCCCACCGCUAUUCUUAACAAUAAAGGUCGCCAUUUCGUUUGUUUAUUACUCGCCAAAAACUAUCAAAUGCACUCAAAAGCCUAAAAUCGAAAAAAGUUUUACAGGAAUCGACCAAUCAAGCGAGUGAGCGAGCGGGUGAGCGGGUGCCAUUCUCCACCUCAUAUCUACACUCGCUCUUGCGCAUGCGCGCAAUUCACGAGUUAAAAAUUGUCUGUUCCACCGAAAAAGAGUUCUUGAUCGAACCUCCACCUGAGAAUACUGGCUAUACUUUUGGCGUUAUCUCCGCAAGUGUAAUGAUUUUCAAAACAAAGGUAAUAAUAGACAAAUAUUUGAAUGAAAGCUUUUGUGACUUCUUGGUUACCACAUAUUGAGCAAAGCAAACAAAUGCUGAUUGUCUUAGAGGAAAGGUACAUUUUCUAUUUUUUUAUUUUAUUUUUUAGUACCUUGGCUAACGUUUAAUUUUCUGCGAUUUUAAAUUCGUCUCUCCGAUUUAUCCAUUAGUGCGUGUUAGACUUGAAAUUGAUAAUAGCCAAAUGGCGCCCUUAGUAUAAUUACCAACAGUAGGCAUCCAGAGUUUUCGUGUUUUAAAUCCAUUAAGUGAGGCCUCGGUUGUUAAAUAGAUAGCAGGCAGAACGCAAAGCAAUUUGUGGAAUAAUUGAUGAGAUACAUUCCAUCCCAAAGAGCCUUUCUGUCAGAGUUUAUGCUUGCUUCCAAUCCCAAGAAACCGAAAUUUAAGCUUUUGUUGCUGUGAUGUUGCACUGAAUCGGUAGUUCAUGAUCAGGUUUAUGGUGGUUUGGUCUGGGACGAAUAAAUUUUAAGGUUAGUUUAAAAAAAACACACACACACACACACACAUACACGCUUGCAAAUAAAAGUCUACCCUGAGUCAUUAUACUGUUUCUUUGUAAAUUGCCAUAUGCCAUAAUGUUAUGCGACAACGGUUCAACAGUAAAUCGCCGGGAAAGCGUAAACAAGUGUAGAUAAUUUAGCACUGAACCCAUUCGCAAAACACAUUCAUUUAAUCCAAAUCCUGACGAAGGAGGAAGAUCUGAUCUUUCCACCAAAAGGCUAGUCCAACAGCCUCAGUUUCUUUAUUAAUAACUUCGCUGUCAGAGUUUAUGCUUGCUUCCAAUCCCAAGACUAUAUAAUAAUAACGAAAAUAUUCGCUAGAUUUAAAGCUGCACGCAAACACGGGAAAGAAGAGAGAAAAAGGGAGGUGAAUAAGCGCUAUUUAAACUUUUAAUGAUUUUUUUCAGCUCUGUGAGAAGAGAUGCUCUAAAUGAUAAUUAACUUUAACCGGAGACUUGAAAUUCUUCUUUCUUAAGCGCACAAGUGAGCCAUGAAAAGGCCGAAUCACGACUAAAGUUCACCUUUAAAAGUCCUGUUUCAUAUUUUUUUCAAAGGCUUUGCAUUUGGCAUACAAAACUUGAGUAUAGAAGAAAUGUCUUCGAAGGAUAUUAUCUAGAAUCAAUUUUCGAGCAAGAUCGUUGUUAUCAAAAAUUUAUGAACCUUUCUAUAGUUGAAAAGAAUUAAUUAUCUCUGCGAAACCAAAAUUUAAGCUUUUGAUGCUGUGAUGUUGCACUGAAUCGGUAGUUCAUAGUCAGGUUUAUGGUGGUUUGGUCUGGGACGAAUAAAUUUUAAGGUUAGUUUAAAAAAACACACACACACACACACACAUACACGCUUGCAAAUAAAAGUCUACCCUGAGUCAUUAUACUGUUUCUUUGUAAAUUGCAUCAUAUGCCAUAAUGUUAUGCGACAACGGUUCAUAAAUAGACAGUAAAUCGCCGGGAGCGCGUAAACAAGUGUAGAUCAGAAGUUAGCACUGAACCCAUUCGCAAAACACAUUCAUUUAAUCGUACUAAAUAGAUCCUGAUGAAGGAGGAACAUCUGAUCUCUUGAACCACCAAAAGGAUAGUCCAACAGCCUUAGCCUUGUCCAUCACAAUGGAGAUUUCUUUAUUGUUAACUUUGCUGUUGUGUCUCUUAGUCGCAUCGAGUGAAGGUAACGAAUUUAUUUUAUAACAAAUGGUGUUGAAUUUUACUCUAGGAAUCUUAUUCGUGACUUUUCUUUAAGAAAAAGUGACGUCCAUCCAGUUUAUAAAAGUCAUCCACGUACAUCGUUCUUUUUUUUUUUUCCAUGAUUGGAGACUUCAAAUCUUUUUUAACCUUCGUUUGAAAUUCUCUGAAAUCUCCAACUUCGUGUAUUAAGUAAUAAGUAUUUUACAAAAUCAUAAGUAUGUUUUCUUUGCAAAAAGUUAGCAAUAUGCAGCUUCACUUCAAAGCGAUGAAAUAUUGAUUUUUUUUUUUGUAUUUAUUGGAGUUCAUAUCUUUCUCCGACAACAGCGUCAAGAAUACAGCAAACUUCUCACCAACAUGUAUUCAUAAAAGACGAGUUCCAUUUCUUAGAUGUUCCUGGAGUAGGAAGAUCCUCAGCUCUCGACAUCUAUGAUUGUAUAUUUAAAUGCCUUUUGAAUCCUCAAUGCAAUUCUGUGAACAUGGCCGCUGAAACGGACGCCGUCAGAAAACUUUGGUGCGAGCUUCUUCCUUCUGACAUAUACAAGAAUUCAAAGGAUUACAACAAGAACAUGAGUUCACAUCAUUUUUCUAUGCAAGUAAGUGCUUCAUUCUAUGGUGCUUUUUCGUCAAAAACAUUUUGGGCCUAUGUUGUCGCUUUCUUUCAUAUACUUCCGUUUUAAUUUCCAAGACUAUGCUAGUUUCUCUUCUUAGGACCAGUGUAUCAAAGUGUGAUGAAAUGAUAGAUAGAAAUGAAAAUCAACGAUGUAAUGAAUUGUUCUGAUGAAAAGAUCGCGACUUCAAUUUAUUUUGUUUCUUACAAAUAUACCGAUAGAAAAAUUAUUUUCUGGCACAAUUAUCGUCAGCCGACGUUGGGCGCGAAAAGAGAGAAUUUUCAUGAUACUGAAAAAUAUGAAACAGAUAAUGUCAAGCAGGAAGCUCAAGCAGGUGCCUAGGGGGAAUUAUUGAGCGAGGGUAGAAUGAUAUGAUAACAAAAGUUGUUUAUUAAAGAGUAGCUGUUCCGUUAUAGUAAGGAAGUUGCUUUCAAACCGAAAUAUAGGUAAUUAAAACACCGUAAUCUAAACUUGACAAGUUUCCUCUCAACUAAGAGUUUCUCCCGGCCAAUGAAGAUGGCCUUGAAAUUUUGUCUUUGUCCAAUACCUGAUAUGCCAGCUUUUCAUCAAGAAUGCAUUUGAAGACAUAGGUAUUAAAAAGUGAUUUGCAAAUGAAAAAUGGAUUGAGAAAGUCAUUUGAUAGGGACAUGCAAAUUAUCUUUGCGAUCAAUGUGAUUGACAGGGAGCUCUAGUAGAAAUAAAUAGAUUUCACAAGAGUAACCCAUUAAGAAACUUGACUUUGCAGAUGCCUUUUUAGCCUCUGUAGACUGGUGUUUUAUCAUAAAAUGUUUUGCUAUUUCUACAGACACCUUGCUCUUCCUCUCCAUGCCAAAAUGGAGGUACGUGUUUAGCAAACUACAAAGAAGACACCUAUCACUGCCUCUGUGAAGACGGCUUUAUUGGAACAUAUUGUGAAAAAGGUAAGCAAUUUUUUUUGCAAACUACAAAGAAGACACCUAUCACUGCCUCUGUGAAGACGGCUUUAUUGGAACAUAUUGUGAAAAAGGUAAGCAUUUUUUUUUGCAAACUCUGGGGCGCAAUGGUGGUGGUGACAAGUGAGACGAAUUUCAAGUAAAAAAAAGAGCUCAUAGACAAAAUGCAAUAAUGAUGAAAGAUGGGAUAUUCUGAAACUAAGCAAUAGUCUGUGUAUAAAAAUCCCUUCCUUAAACAGAACCUUUUCGAUAAAAAUCUCCAUUAUCAUUUUAUUCACGUUAGUUUACCCAGGCAGAAAGUUUACUUAUUUUUCAAUAGAAAAAAAUGUUGACAAAUAUGUUAACAUAGAUAAAGAGAAUAAUACAUGGACGCGCGUAGAUAUGGAAUUUCUCUUCGAGUGUUUAACUCCAUAGCUCACGAGUGAGCGCAACGAACGAGUGAGAUGUCAAGUUGAACACGAGAAGAGAAUUCCAUAUCUACAAGCAACCAUGUAUUAUUUUGUUUAUCAUAUAAACACAAGAGCCCUUUACUGCGAAGAAAAGCCGACUUCAUUAAUGAAUGAAAAUAAAUAAAUCGACAGUCUCCGAAUAACAAUCGUUGAGUACGUUGGCGCUAACUCUUAAGAUGGAAAAAUGCGUUGAAUCAUGAUUAUAAAAACAAUAAUGGUCGUAAUUUUCAAUUUACAAAAUUCUCAUUCAUUGACUUUGUCCUUACCGACAGAAGAAGUCUCUCAGGUAAACGGCAAAAAUGGGCCAGUGACAAAUCUUCUCGUUGUUGAUUUUCAUUCUCAGCUGAGAGAAAUGCUAACACUAAAGCCACUGAAUACGUAACUUUCGGUUUUUCUUUUAGUAUAUUGGUUUUCUUCCCCUUUUAAGAAAGUUUGAACCUCACUGUCUGUCAUCAAUAGGGUUUUUUUUAGUGUUUUAGCCGCCAUAAAAUUCGAGGAAGCUCCGACAAACAACUUGUAUUGAGAAUCGUGAAGGCUUUGCCGUUCACUCAUUAACCUGACCGAGUGGUGCCAAAGGCGAGUGACGUGUCAGCGGCUGAUUGGCUAUAUCAACACACGUGGAAAAAUACGAUAUUUUUUCACGCGUGUUGUUACGGCUUUUCUCAAGGCUGGAAAUCCCUGUUUAACACCGCAAUUUAUGUGAUAAAAUAAUUAUAAGGUUUCAUUUAUUGUAAGCACGAUAAAAUUAUAUUGGUGGUAAUGAUAUUCGCAAUGAUUAUAAUAAUAACAAAAGAAUAAUAUACAGAGGGAUGAUGAUUAUAACAUUAAGUGCCACAAAAAAAUUUAAAUAAAAGUAGCUUUAAGGUGUUAUAAAGGAAGAAGUAAGACCAAACGACAUCAACCUGUAACAAAUCCAAAAAGCGCCGCUGCCAAGUACAGUGCACAGACUGAGAAGAAUUGUUUCCAUAGAGUUUAGAAAAGAAAAUCCUUCCAGCGUCAGAAAACCAAAUCGACUCUAGACACAGUUUUUGCUCUGAAUUCUGUAAGUUAUUUAGGUAGCUUAGAUUACUUUAAAUAACGAUGUGGCUUUUUUUUAAUAAAUUUCCGUAGUGAAACUAUCCAGGAACCCUUUUGAAUCAUGGAAAAAAGAUAGUAAUUCAAACAAAGUCAAACUUUUUUUUUUUCCUUCCAGGUGCGGUUUCAUGUAAGGAAUUGCAUGACGCCAACAUGUGAGUUUUUGAGGAAAGCUGCGAACCAAUAUUCAACUAUGCGAUAAAGAACACUUUAAUUUUUUGAGAUGGUGAAGGUGGACUAAUAUCUCAUGGUCGCCUCAUGCUAUAAAAACCGGGAUAAGCUCGGCUGGAUGAGCCAGUGUAUACCUCUGUACCGACCUGUACCGACCUGACGAUCUAUCUGUUAAGGACUUUAUAUGAAACUUUCGUGCUGUUCAAAUUCAUCACUUUGUGCCUCUUUCAACAGGUUAAACGGGAGUCAAGUGGUUACUCUUCGCUUUAACUCAGAACCCGUUUCCGUUCUUUGUCAAAUGGGAGAUUUUGGGUGUGGAGCAGGACCAUGGACGCCAAUCAUGAAGACUGAUGGCAACCAGGUUAGACAUGAAGUAUGUAAUCAGUAUGUCUCUGUUUAGUCAAUUUCUGAAGCAUAUAUUAGGUUUGAAUUUGUUUGCUUGCCACUUCCGUCAAUAAAGGUUUUUAAAUUUCGCGAAUCUUGGCCAUAACUAAGUGAAAAAAAGCUUGCAGACGUUAAUUCAACGCUAAUUAAGAUCUACAAAAAUGUUACGUGAUUUGAUUUGUGACAAAACCUCUUACGGUAAGCUCUUGGAAGUUCGUUGAAUGCAAAAGUUUCUAACGCAAGCUGGAUGGCACAAACCGUGAAAAUAGGGAAAGUAAGGCCGUGUCCCAAAAACAGGAGGUAUCUGAACUAUUGCCAUUUCGUCAAGCCUCGAAUGUUGAGACCGGUAAUUAAGAGAAGCAAAAUAACAUUUUCUUCUUCCUUUUUAGAAUACCUUCCAUUUUGACUCUGUUUACUGGAAUAAUUCAAAAAGUUACAACCUCCCAGGAGGCCAGACUGGCUUUGAUGGCAAUGAGACCAAAUUACCGACCUAUUGGAGUACAUCUUUCUCCAAGAUCUGUCUUGGUAUGAAGGUUGACCAACAGUUAAGAUUUAUUGUCAUAAACCACAUGGCUGCCUCUUUGCACUCACUUAUCGCUGAUGGGCAUUACCGCGCCACUUCACUGGGUCGAGAUUCAUGGAAGUCCCUCCUUGGGUCACAGAGCUCAUUGCAGCUAAACUGCAAUAGGGAAGGCUUCAACUCUGAUGGUGCGAUUGUUAAAACAAGAAUUGGUAUCGUGUCUAACGAGGGGUCGGAUGGGUGCGACAGUUGUGAUUCAAGGAUAGGGUUUGGUGGUGCUAAUGGGGAUGAUGACUCCAACACGUGCGGAAACAUAGCUUACUGGUACCCGGAUAACGGUGAGAAAAGUAUCAAAGCCAUGGGAUACAUUUUCGCUCAAUGAUAAAAAAGGAAGUAAAACUUAAAUGCACGAGAACACAAACUUGACUUGAAAGGACCCAUUUUUAACGGACGCUCAAUCAUAUGCGUGUAUAAAAACGAUUAUUUGAUAUUUUCUUCUCACUGGAAGAUGUAACAAGCACAGGAAAUGAUGUUGUCUCUCAGUAGCUUCUUAUUUGAAAGUAAGGGCAAGGACCUCUAAAGAGUGUAUUCCUUUUUUAAAAUUUAUUUGGUUAAUUUAUUAAGUCUGUUCCAUCAGAGAUCAAUUUUAUCGAUCAACAGGAAUACAAUUACUUGGGGGGCGAAACAGCACCAAAGCUGGGGUUUUGACAAGUAUGUCUCUCUCACAAGCAAACCCAUACUGAUGUGAACUUUCACCCCAAAGCAUUUGCAAGAGUUACCCAUGUAAAAAAUAAUAAUGGUCUAUAUUGUGCAAGGGGGGUAGGAAUGGGGACGUCCCUUACCUUCUGUAACUUUCUGCUUCCCCUGUUGAUAUAAAAACAAUUAUUAUAAUAAGAAAGUUUGAAUUUUACCUAAUUGUACUCUGAAUUUCAGCAGCUGAACCUCACCUUCCUCUUUUAAUGCACAUUGCAUCACCUAAUGCUUCAUAGCUCACAUUUUCUUCAAUAUCUUCGGGACAUAUCGAACAAUUUCGUUCAAAUUUUACGAGAAUAAUUUACUUAGGGCAAUUAAACAGUUAUUUUGAGUUCGUGAUACUGAGUCAAAGUCCCCACAGAGAAAUAUGCUGAAGCAGAGCAUAACAUCCCCUCUUCUCGUACGUCAUACGUCAGAAGGUUUUAUGAUAAAGCCAACUCAUGCUGUGAAAGCUUGGACGCCGUCGCUUCUAUACCCCCAAAGGAAUAACUUAAGAACGCAAAGAAUAGCUUACGGCAAUGAGUUACAAUAAGUAAUUAGCACUACUGCACUUCAAACAACACCGGUCCUUCUAUUAUAAUUUCCAUAUUCGACGAUUUUUGUAUUUAUUCAUUUUAUUUUUUUGUGGUGUCUAGACAAUGAAACACUACCCAAUACGAGUCGCACAUCGAUGCACUGUACAAAAACUACCUCAUCAGGUUUAGAAUACUUUGAAAACGGUGAUGUGAAUCAAAAGCGUCAAAAAUAAAUUACCAAAUGGAACAUAUCUCCCCACCCCACCCCCGCGAUAAGUGGGUCUGUACUGAUUGCGCUCGGCAACUUUUGAACAACUUCGGGCAUUAGGAGCAACUUUUUGCUGCUAUAGCAACUUCGAGCACUUUUUGCUAUCAGAGUCUUUUAACAAAAUAUUGGUUUAGAGCACAAUCAUAUCAAGCGUAAAAAAGUCAACGAUUUUAUGAGAAACUAUCACAUAACCUGUCACUUGACAUUGGCACGCCUAUCGCGAUCUUUAUAUCUAACAUCAUAACGGAUAAUUGGGCUCAUCCUCGGUGUAAAAACCUGUGAAACUCACGAGUGACGUAAAACAAAGACAACAAAACAUUAUAAACAAUAGCGUACAGCAAAACAAUACGUCAUGAAACAAAGCAAAACCUCGUCAGGUUUUUACACCGAGGAUGACCCGAUAGUUGGCUGAGAUGACGUUUGGCAAGACUUCAAAUAAACCAUGUGUUUUGUUCCAUCAGACUUGAGUAUCCCUAGAUUUCGCCCAUAUCUGCGAGUUACUGUUUAAAACUAAGUUCAAGCGAUUUUUGUUUUCUUGACCGAUGUUGAAAAUUAUCGUCAAACGACGAAAAAUAAAGCUUGUUUGAUAGAUAACAAACCAACAGCCAAUUGUUACAAUUUGGCAUGCACACAUUUCGAAAUUUUGUGAUAUUUCAUAUUCUUCUAGACCGCAUAACUCACUUUGCCCUAAUAUCUCCAGAACCCACCAAAUUCUCGCCAAAAGUAAAACGUCCAUGAUUGACAUGCAAGGGAAUGAUUUUAAACAGCAACUAGAAAUAACCGCUAAGCUCUUCUUUGUUGUUGAAAUGGGCUAAAGGCACGAUAUUUCCUCUCCAGCUUGUCAAUACUCACUCGGGGGUUAAUUAACAAUGCCAGAGCGGUAUUGUAGAGACUUGGACCCUGUCGGUUGGGCGAUAUCUAAGUAUUUUAAUAAAACAUUUCACGCGACAGGAACCAUUUCUCUGUGUGUCAGAGACUUGUUGUAUCACGUUUAGUCUUUAAAAGUCCUUUAAAAAAAAACUAAGAGAAUGAAAUUCAGCUGUCUACUUCUGCGCUGCCUAUUCUUUGUAGCCGUUCUCUUUUGGGGAGUGACUUUCACGCUCCAAGGUAAGAGGAAAACUUGACUGCAUUGUAAUCGCUUGCAUAUUUUCAAGCUUCUUCUUCCUAUAUUUUUAUUCUAUCUUUUAUGUUUCGCUAUUCACCAGAUUCAUCACAAAACGCCUCUUAGCUUAUCAGGCGUUUAAAUUUCCGUAGAUAUUACUUAAGCUUAAUCUACGAGAACAUCUAAUAAAUAGCGAAUAUAUUUUGAACAACUUUCCACUGUCAAGAUACGCUUCUGAUCUGACGAAAAUGUGUUUAUGGGUAAGCUAUUUUGGUCUUUGUUCAGAUACGAAAAAUAGAAUAUAAGAAAGAAAAUCAUGAGAGUUGAAAGGACGGUUUACACUCUGCUAACUGCUUUGUGAAAAAGUAAAGCCAAAAGAUCCGCGCGCUUCUGUUGUUUCGAAUGUGCGCUCCCCUGAACUUCGGUAAAAUUUCGUUUUCAUUUUAUAAUAAAACAUAAAAACAGGAAGGAGAAACUUGUAGUUUUCGCUUUUGUCAGAUAGAGCCGACGAUUACCAUAUUUAGUAAUGUUUCACGAUCGUUUUUUUCAAAUGUAAGAGGAGAGAGUUGUGUUAUUUUCGUUCUUUUCCAUCUCUCUUUACCAGACACAAAUUCCAAUCUGUUCCCUUACCAACUUUUUUUGGGCAUUUUUGUCAAUAAGGGAUGGGUCGCUCUAGAGCGAAUUCAACGAUUUACUUAUUUUUCGCGAGCCAAAUAUUGGCAAAAUAAUUUGCAAUUUCCUAUUUUUGGCGGCGGUCGCAUUGAACUAGUAUCCUCUAACCAGAACUUUAUUGAUUGACGCAUACGUCAAUCAAUAACCCAUCUCCCUCUACUAAAAGAUAAAGAAAAAUUCUCGCUCGAACUGCUGGGCAAGAAUGGAUCGUCGUCGAAUGAUUAUCUCUACAAUUUUCGGGUUUUUGUGGAAUUUUGCAUUUCUUUCUCAGCAAAACAAGGAAGCGUUUUUUACAUUGUUGGCACAAUGUCAGCAGGUUUUUAACCGGCUAGUAUCAGCUUUUAGACGUAGAAGACGAAGACCUCGCUUAAAUAGAGCUCGCUUUCCAAACCUUCCCUGGUCGAGGUCUCCUCGUCCAGCGGAGUCACGGUUUGAGAUUGAGACCAUAAAUCGUACUUCGCUUUCUUUUUUCCCUGCCGAUCUUUUUGGUUGAAGCUUGCAACACUUGUGCUGGCUUCGAUAAUUCCAGUGGAAGGAGAAGUACUCGUUGAAGCUGAUUGUUCUACAAAUUCCCGCCUAUGACUGGGCCCAGGGUACGUGUCGGGAAUUCGUUCAAAUUCCUCGUUCCGCUCAAACGAAAACUGAAGGUCAGAUGGGCAAGGAAAAAAAUUGUAUCCUUCCAUCGCUAGCGGAUCAUAGUGUAUUUUUCCCGCUUAAAUUUUACCAAGACAUGUCUCGCGGAAGAUGACAGCUAAAUGGUUUAAAAAACAAGAUUGUUUGGAGCUGAUGUCCGUGGCAUGACAUCAGCUCUUAUGAAUACUGGCGAAAUCUUGGCGAUCCGCAAAUAUUUGACAAGUUUUUAAAAUUGGAGGUCGCAUUUAUUUUACGCUACUUGGUUUUUUUUAUUUUUUCUUUGCUGAAACAGACAAAACAAGCUCUAAGUGACCCAAGCCUAAAUACAUAAUUUGCAAAACUCCACAUUAUGUUAGUUCUUCUAUAUGUUUAUAUCCUGAGAUUAGUUUUGAAUGUUGAGACCAUUUGUUUGCGAGGAUCGAACUAUUCUUGAACGAGAAUCGAUACCUCAGGUGCCAUGCUGAACGGCCAGUAUCCGGGUGAGUUUGGAGCUAUUUUAUUUGGCGGGAAUGAUUUUCAUUAUCUUACGCGCAUGGAAAUAAAGCCUCUUGGACUCACAGUUGAAGAGCCACGUUCAACCAGAGCGCAUUGCGCGCCUUUGUUCUUGUUAUUAUUUGGUAACGCAAUACUAUUUCUCGCAAAUCCAUGGAGUGGCCAAGGUCGUAGCUUUUGCCACUAUUUUCAUGCCAAAAAAAAGGAAAAAAUGAAUUUUCAACUUGAGCACAACUAAACCGCUAGUUUGGACGAUUAUUGGCAUUAUGACAACGUUUUUGUCUGUAUAGCACAAACCAAAAACAAAAUAGAAGAAUUUUUAAGACGCGCAAACUGCAUUACAAUACAAUAAAAUCUACGCCUGAAUACAAAAUUCUGAAUUCAUAUUCUUUGGACACGGAAGUGUACGGUAGCGAGACGUUUAGCAGGGAGUCGACUUUUGAUGUGCAAACGAAUUACAAAGAGACAGGUAUAUUCCAAUACUUGAAUUUUCAUUAGUGUCAUUCACCAGGCGUAAGGAGAAGCGCUACGCCCUAUUACGCCUCCUAAUAACAAAUUUGUCACUCUCCACUUUGAUAGAAACGUAAAGAAUUUUGAAAUACGUCUAAAGAAUAAAUAGCGUCUUUCCCCCUGAGAAGGACGAUCACUUUUUGAUGGCCUCAUCAUCGCGAACGUGCAAUGAAAGCGAAAAAAAAAGCGGGAAACAGAGGCGCUAGACACUUGAAUAAGCUAAAUUAGCUUCUAAGAAGCCGCGUCUGUAUCAAUGUUGCAAAGACUGAGUUGAAUUAAACAACAAUUACAGUAGGCUUCUAUUCGUUUCAGUAAUACAGAAAAUAAUGAGACUGAACAACUCGCCCGCAAUGUAUUGUGGUUGAGCGUGGCCCGUUCAGUGAAUAUAAAAGAAAAGUAACUAGGCCUGAAAUUUAUUAGUUAAGAGAUUCCUGGCAAGAUUAAAAUCCAAGAUAUUACAACAACUGACCUAAUUUUUCAGCAAGGGGAUAUGGAUUAAGUGUGAAAAUUAGCAAGUAACCUGGGAAACGCGAAAAAGCGAAUGAGCUCGCUUCUUAAAUAGCUGAUAGUGUCAAUUUUAAAAUUGGCGAGAAUCACCUGAAGACAAACAAAGCAACGGCUGUUUAACCUGAGGGAAGGUAAAGAUUAAUUUUUACCUUUGUUUUCCCAGGUCAAUGCCGAAGACUAAGGUUUGCCUCACCAUUUCAUAACAAAGCCCUUGUUGGUCAUGUGAUUAAGAACCUAACUUUAACAUUGGGACUGCGUAGUUCUUGUAGAGGGCAAUGCACUCUGGAAGACAACUGUGUGUCUUAUAACAUUGGUCCUCCGAUAAAAGACCAAGUUUCGUGUCAGCUGAGUGAUUCUGAUCACGUCCAGCAUCCUGAUGAUCUUGUAACUCGAGAAGGGUUCAUGUAUCAGAGCAGUGAGGUGAGAUACUUCAAUCCAUAUUUGAGCAGUUCCCGCUGCACUUCCACUUCAAAAAAAGAAUUUCUUAGAUCAUUUAUUGAUUUUCACCAGCCAGCACUUCCACAAAAAUUUGUUUAAGAACUGGGAACUCUGAUCUUAUACCAAUUUUGUGGUUAGCUUGUUUUCUUCCUGUAUUUGUUUCUAGUCUCGCAUGGUUACCUUUUUUCAACUACCAUAAGACCAACCCCUAUCAAACUUUACACUGAGCUGGUUGUUUAGCAUAUUUCAGUUUAUUUUAUAAGUUUAACGGUAUAUUAGUAGCCUCUACGCUUACCCAACAGAACGUAUGCUCAAGUAACCCUUGUCUUCACAAUACGACCUGCUUAAACGGAUACACGGAAAAAGGAUACCUUUGUCUGUGCCAGUUUGGUUAUACUGGGAAGAAGUGUAAAAUAGGUAAAUAUACCCGUAAACAUGAACAUGAAUACUAAACCACUUGCUUUACCAACGGGAAAUUCUGAAAUCUGAUUGGAUUGCCGAAUGGGUACGAGGGAAUUAUCAGUUGGUCAAUUUUAAGUUACAAUUUACUUAUGCUUUCUGGCUAUUUGUCAACAUAGACAUCGGUAAUGGCUUACAUCCCAGACGUCAAUUUAGGUGCUUUUUUUUUAGUUUCGUGAAAUUAUCAAACGGGUCUUUGUGGUCAGUCUAGAAAUGCUUCAAGCAUAUCUUUGUACAGAUAUUUUUCACAAUCCAUGGGCAAGAUGGCAAAAUGCGGAUGAGAUGCUUAAACUGCUUGAAGAACUCUUAGGAAAAGUUUUCAAUUCUUAUCGGAAUCGUAGGUGCUUAAAAAAAUUCUUAUUUGUGUAAGGCAAUGUAGUAUAGAAUAUUCUAUUUCUAGAAUAUUCUGCUAGACUCGUAAGUCGCACUCCUUUAGUGAACUGGUUUAAAUCAACAGAUAAAUCCGGCCGAGAGACUGAGUUUUCAAAAGAACCUAUCCCAAAGCUAAUCGCGGAGCUCAAGUUACAUCUAUUACCUAUCUAGAUAUUCUAGAUAUUCUUGCAAGAAUAUUUCUUUUAGCAACUCAAACAUUUCUUGAAUAUCUUUGUGUGGAGAAACUAUUAAACGCCACAAUAAUCUAUAUCUCUUGACCCAAUAUUUACUGUAUAGUGACCUAAGAAAUAAUUUCAAGAGACCAUUUUUGAAAUACGAGUUGGGCUUAUCCCAGUCUCUUGAGCUCAUCUUCUUUUUUCUUGACCCUUGACCCUUCCUUGACCCUUGAACGAAUGAAAGACAUGCCUUAUCAAGAGGACUUUUGGAAUGGUGCAGCCAAUAUUGAUCUGACGCGCUACAUCUUUGACGAAUAUUUGAUGUUAAUGGAUGGUCCCCCUUAAGUAGUAUCAAGGAAGUAGCUUCAACUAAACUCAUUUACAUUUAGCAUACCUAAUGAAUUAUCAUACUGACAACCUGCAAAUACAGCCCCCUCUGAAACUCCUGUCAAUGACCAAAUUGGGUCUUCACGAUCCUGGUGUGAACAACGUUAGUCGCUUUUGCAGAAAGAAGUUUCUCUUGGCAAGUUCUCCCAAUUUGAUCCAACCCACCACAAUAUCUAAUAUGCUGCUCUUGUUGUUCAGGUCCGAAGGUAACCGAGCCUAUUCCUUGAAAUUGGGACCAGCGUCACUUCCAGUGUAUUGUCACAUGAGCAGUCUUGGAGCAUGCGGGGGUGCUGGAUGGACGCUGGUUAUGAAAAUAGAUGGCACCAAGGUACUGUAAAUUGUUCAAAACCUUUUCAAAAUGGCGUACAUGUGGGUUUCAAGGAGUCCUUGUCGAAGGGAAGUUAUAUGUGAGAUGUAGUCUGUCUGAUAUAAAAUUUUGUCAAUGCCUUUCCAGUUUGCCUGACUUAACAAUCUCAAACCCAGAGGUAACAACCACAAGGCAGAAACUGCUAAAACCAUAUUUUUCGCGAAUAUUUUAAGUAAAGAAACUUGUUGGCUUAAAGUCCAAGGGAUUUUUGUUGAAACAUCUGUAGGUCAUAUAAAGGUUUUUUAUCUGAAAGUUUGAAAAAAAUCUUCUGUCUAGGUUACGCUUGACUUUGUGACAUGCAACGAAAAAAGCAGCAAACACUAUCAUUUUACAGAGGAAAGGUGCGAAAUUAAUAGGUCAAAUUCCUCUUCGUGAUAAUUGAGAAAACUGGGGUCAUUUAAUUUGAUAUAAAAAAAGUUGAACUCAAAACAUAGAUACGUGGACUGUCAUAAAGUCUCAUCAAAUUUAGAAUGUUUUUAUAGGAAAGGACUUGGUUUAAGUAACAUUGUGGUUAUCAUUCCAGAGAACUUUCCAUUAUGAUUCCAACUAUUGGAGCGACAAAAAUUCCUUCAACUUACCAGGAGGAAAAACUGGGUUUGACUCGCAAGAGACCAAGUUACCGACAUACUGGAAUACACCUUUCUCCAAGAUCUGUCUUGGUAUGAAGGUUGACCACCAGUUCAACUUUACUGUCAUUAACAGAGAGGCUGAAUCUUUGUACUCACUGAUUGCUGAUGGAAACUACCGCAACACCUCAUUGGCCCGUGACACCUGGAAGGCGCUGAUUGGCUCCCAAGCUUCCUUGCAGUUUUGCUGUGACAUAGAGGGCUUUAAUUCUGACGGUGGUAAUGCAAAAACAAGAAUUGGUAUCGUUUGUAAUGAGUGUUGCAAUGCAGGCUGCGGCUCUCAUGAUUCAAGAAUUGGGUUUGGUGGAGCGGGCGGGAUGGAUGAUUCCCACACGUGUGGAAACUUAGCUUAUUGGACACCCGAUAACGGUAACAAGAAUAUCAAAGCCAUGGGAUACAUUUUCAUCCAGUAA